AACAGCUAGCCGUGUGUUUAGUAGCUGGUAGACCUUACUCACAGACAAGUUGCUCCUGACUAAAACUGGUCAAAAAUGCUUAGGCCUAUCUUACUAAUUUUUUGCUCGUUCGGGGUUUGUGAUGCUUUUGUAAAAAUGGUUAUGAAUACUGAUCAGAAGGAUAAGUUGACCGAAAGGUUAAAAAGCAAAUCAGCGGAACUUUCAAAAACAUCUUUAGAAGACCACGGUGAAUUGACCUGCUUCUCGGAGACAUGGACUGAAACGUCCGGAAAUGGGAAUACAGUAUACAACAUAGACUACUUGGCAAAGCUCACUAACGAAAGGGAUGGACAGAAGUUUUUGCUGGACUGGUAUGAAGUUAGCGACUGUUCAGACGAUAACAAAGCAACUGAGAGUAUACAACAAGUGAAAGAAGUUGGAGGAGAUAAAGUUGAAGUCAAAUACUUUCUUAAAUUAGCGGAUGGCAUAACCAUUGCGGGGAAAUCGAGGGUCUACCAGUUCGAUGUCAAUCAGAACGCUUACAAACGCGUACGUGAACUCACCACUGAAGGAACUGGAUGAUUAAGUUCACAGUAAACCAUUUGUUGAAUGAAAUGUA